ACCGUACAGAGCUGGGGCACAGUACCCAAACUAUGGGCAGAGAAACUGGCACGCCAGCUGUUGUAGGAAUACAAGCUUAAAGGCGCAUUAAGAAUCGGAAGUUCUGUAGAAGCUGCCACAGGUUGCCUAUACCGGCAGUAAUCUGCCCCUGAGGCUGCUGGAAUGAUCCCUGUCUGUGCUGCCCAGUGAGCAGUGUCAGUGCUUGUACUCUGGGAACAGGUAGUUGGAAGGAAACAGGCUCACCACAGAAAAAUAAGAAGAAAAAUAAAAGAUUAUAAAGCAGGUGAACUCAGAAAGUACCUUUACACAGAGGAGAUGGUGCGGAUUUUGGCAAACGGUGAAAUUGUCCAGGAUGAUGACCCCCGAGUAAGAACAAAUGCUCACACGAGAACUAACAAUCAGCGACAGGGAUAUUUUAACACGCCUACCAAUGGUGGACAAGGCCCACAGCAGAUUCCACAAGAGGAAAGGAGGCCAGAAGGACGCUCUCCAUUCUCUGAAAUUAACCAGCAGCUUGUAAAUAUGGGCUUUCCACGAUGGAACCUUGGAAAUCAGGUGGUAGAACCAGUCAUGUCCAUUCUUCUUCUAUUCCUCAUUCUUAUGGUGGGUGUACGGGGCUUACUUCUGGUUGGCCUGAUAUAUGUUGUCUCACACCUCAGCCAAAGAUGAACGGAAAUGGUACCAAGAACCUAACCUUUUGUAUUCAUGGUUUCUGCAUUGUAAUAAUUGUGUAUGAACAGUGGACCAAAAUGACAGCUAUUUAUUGUUGUUAUUUAAGUUGUAAAAAAAUAUAUAGGUUUUUUAAAGAUCCAUACUUCAUCUCAGUGAUACACCACAACAAAUUGUUUCAUCUCAAUGAAUCAACAGUCCUGAAAAAGGAUUUGUUUAUAUGUGUGAUGUCUUACAAAUAUAAUAACAAAAGAAUUCAAAAUAUCACAUUUAUAUUAAAAAUAUUUUGUAACUUUUCCUGAAUUUCCAGACACCUGGGAAUUUUUUUACUGCACAGAGCAAAAUACAGCACUGUACAUAUCAGACUGGUGCAUUCUUCUGCGACCUCUGCAUGUGCAGUUAUAUCACCUGUAAUUUUUAAGGUGGUGAAACACAUAGGUGUUCUGAAAUUUUAACUGAAUACUGCUGUAGAAAGUCAUAAAACUGUGGAGCAGUAAAAAAUUGGCAUGUAUGUACAUGAUAGGGAAAACAAAUUGUAUGCUCCACUCUAUCAGGUACUAAUGUGAAUAAUGAUAUUUCUGCUGCUUAAUAGGUAGAGGUUACAGAAUUAAAAGAUAAUAAUAUAUACUAUGUACUCGAACCACUAAAGCACUUGUAGCAAUAUUGUGUGUAUCUGCAGCUAUCAGUGAACUUUUAUAAAAGUAAGUAAAUCUGAGAACCAAUGUUAAACUCUUAUUCUGUAUAAGAUAGCUGGAUAUCUAAAAUAAAUUUUGGACUCAAAAUU